AUGGCCUCAUGGCCGCAACUGCCGGGUUCCCGCAGAGAUAUCCCGGCUCCACCUUGUCCCGGCCCAGCCUCUUCCAGAACCUUCUCCUUCACAGGGCGGCCCGCCGGAUGCUGUUGCCACGUGACGCGAGGAGCCCGCUGGGGGGCGCUGCGGCGGCGGGCGGGGCGCGGCUGGCGCGCGGGGCGGUGGCUUGCUGUCGGGCAGGCGGCGGCCAUGGUGUUGUCGGCGGCGCAGCAGGUGGUGGUCUCGGUGGUGCUGGUGCUCUGCGUCUUUGUCGUCAUGCCCAGAAUGUUCGGGGCGGGCGGCGGCGGGCGGGCCGGCCGGGCCCCGCGGGGCGGCAGGGCCGGCCCCGGACAUUACGAUCUCCGUCAGCACCGCAGAGGUAGUCCUCAGACAGUUUAUCAAGUUCACCAGAAUCCAGGAAAUUCUGACAGUCAUACUUACCAGAGCAUUCAGCAGAUGAGAAAUGCAGUGGAAAAAGAGAUAAAGAGUGAGAGAACAAGAGGAAAUGGUAGAGAGUUAGCAUUCACCCUCAUGCCAUUGUAUGCCCUUGGAGUGGGAGUGUUUGCAGCAUACAAAUUUCUUAAGAUGAAGUCACAUGAAGAAAGUCUCACCAAAAAGGAAAAAAGUAUGGAAGACAAGGCAAAGGAAACAGAGCAUCAGCUUUUAGAGCUGGAGCAGCAUCUAGCACAGACAGAGAAAAUGCUAAAUUCCUUAUUGACUCAGUUGGAUCCACUGUCAAACUGUGUUAAUGCUUUAGCUUGUGAGCAGAAGGAUGAAAUAAUGACACAGCUCCAAUCAAUUAGACGGCUGAUGAAAGAAAGUGGAUUGGAUAAAUCAGAAAACACAAUGAAAGAUCUUGGCCACGUUUGUAACGAGAAACUUGAAGAUCUCAUUCAGUCAUUUGCUGAACAUUCUCAAGAGAAAGAAAUGGAUGACAGAGAAAAUGACAGUAAUGAAGAUUUGCUUGAGUAUAUUGAUAAUGAUGACAGAAUAGAAGAGCAUGAAUUACACAAUGAGUGCGAAGAAUAUCAGUUGGAGCAAGAUGUGGUAGAAGACCAAGAAAUAAUGAACAUUGCAUCAGAAGAGAUGGGAUUGAGGAGGCGUAAUAGAUAUGAAUGAAAUCUGCACAUAUAAAAUUUUAAAAAGCUUAUGAAUUAUUUUUUUCCUAUAAUGUAUGCACUUUAAACUGUUUUGAAUGGAGUUCUGUGCACUGCUGUAUGCUUUAAAAAGGGUGUGAAAUACUGCCUGUGCUCCUGUCUGUGACAGUUCUGUAACUGACUUCAGUGGCAGCAGAAUUUUACUCAGGAUGUUUACAUAUUUUUUUCUAUUUAUUUUUUUCCUAUAAAAAAUAUUUCUGUACUCUGUAUAUAAUGCACUGUAACUAUAUCUGAUGCUUCACUAAAAUAUUAGAAUGUCUUGUAGUUAAGACUAUAAAGAAUAGAUGUUUCAUAAAUAUUUUGUAGCUAACAAGCAUGUUGCCAUGUGACUUUCUUGAGUUCAUUAAAGAGCAUGGACUGAUGAAUUCA